CGUGUCGUGCAAAAAAUUGUCAGCUCUAAUUGAAAUGAGUGAAUAUUGUUUUAUGAAAUCAAUAGCCCUAAGGCCCAUGUUAAAUCCACAUGCUAUCGACCCAAUCCAUUAAUUUAAAAGAAAAUAAAAGGACAGAAAAAAAGAGUACACACCCAAACACAAACCCAAAAUACGAGAAAUUCCCAAAACAUGGAAAACCCUGAUUCCCCAAUCGGAGGAACAGCUCCUGAAUCCGACCCCGAUUCCGGUGUCUGUGGUAAACGGAAAAGCAUCUUAAGGUAAACGGAAAAGAGGAAAGAUUGAAGAUACACCGGAAAUCGAUUCCGGUGGCGGCGAGAUUGCGAAAAUCGAUUCCGGUGGUGAUUCCUCCAUGGCUUCCAGGUCAACAAUGUUUAUGUUGGAAUCGGAAUCGAUCAUUGCGGGACUCAGCGAUAUUAAUUUAAUCCUUCCCUGCGGCGAGGUUGUGGGAAUCCAUUCUGCUGGGUGAGAUUUCGGGAAUCGAUUCUGGUGCGAUUGGUAAACGAAAAAGAGGAGAGACUGAGGAUAUUCCUGAAAUCGAUUCCGGUGGCUGCGAGAUUGUGGAAAUAGAUUCUGAUGCGAGUGGUAAACUCGAAAUAGGAGGGAAUGAGUCUGAUUCUGAGUCUGAGUCUGCUGAAUAUGAGUCUGAGUCUGAGUCUGAGUCUGAGUCUGAGGAUGCGAGUGGUAAACUAGAAAUAGGAGGGGUUAAGUAUAUAUCGGAACAAGAUGAGUUUGAUUCUGAGUCUUCUGAAUAUGAGUCUGAGUCUGAGUAUGAGUGUGAGGAAAUCGAUCAGUCCGAGGAAAAGGAAAAGGAAAAGAAAACGCGGAAAGUAGAGAAAUUCGAAGAUAGAUAUGGAAUACUUAAUCCCUACAAUGAAGAGAUGGUAUUUGAAAAGGAAGGUUUCAAAUUGGAUGAUUAUAUCCCAGGUUAUGAUCAGCCAUGGUAUGAUGAGUGUCUGCUCGAGGACAUCAAAAUUACUCCUUACGACCACGAGGCUGUUAUCAAAUACAUCUCCCAAGUCCGCCUUAGCUCUGGUUUUGAUGUGGAUACGAUUCUUCCUUCAUGGCUGAAGCACGAGUUCGCCUUAUAUUUCACCCCAAUGUGGCUCUCUCAUGCCACCCGCAGUGAUCUUAAAUAUGUCAAUAAAGCAGCAAAAAUUGUCAUUCAUGAAAUCAAUCUUGACAUGAAAAACAAAACUAGUUUCAAGUUUGUGGAAGUUACCAAUGUUGUCGUCACUUGGGACCCAUUUUCUUUGCUAUUUUUGACUCUUGCUGUGGAAGAGGUUGAAGAAGAAGCACAAGCACAAGCUGCUACUAUCCGAGCAGUUGUCCUUCACCCCGUAUGUGAACCUUGGGAACUCGAACAGUGGUGGGUUGUCAAACCAGACCCGACCGACGCAUAAUACCUAUAUCUUUGCUACUAUCUAUUUUGUUAACCACUAAUAUUAGAGAUGUUGUCGAAUUGUUGUUAGAACAAGUCUUAGGUUCGGAUGCAGUUUGGCUACUAGUAUGUUUUUAUAUUUAUGAACAAUCCUCCUAUUUAUUCUACUGUGUUUUUUUUAUUUA